UCUUUCUCUUCUUCCUUUUCACGUAGUUCAGUUUAGAUGGGAAUUUGGGGGGCAAUUGUGACAUAUUUUUAAAAAUCCAGUUCAUCUUUUUUGGCAUCAAACAGUUAACCAUUUCUUAAAGGCCCCUAUGUUUCUCAAUAGAGGCAUUUCGCAAGAACAACACAGUAAUAAAAUAAGAGUAGUCUUCUUUGGGUCUCCAGAGAGCUUCUUUCUUUGAGAGACAGUGAAAGAUCAGAAACAUCUGGGGAGAAGUUGUCAGAGAGAACAAUAAAGAAGGAUGGAUUGUACAGAAGAAAUGGUUAAAAUCUUAUUUCAGCAUCAACAUGGAUUAAUCAUUACGAGGAUUAUGUCUACUGCCUGUGAGUUAGGAGUAUUUGAUCUGCUUUUAGAGUCAGGAGGCUUCCUCUCUUCAGCGGAGAUUGCUGAACGCCUGGACACCAGCCACAUGGGAAUGGAAAAGUUGCUGGAGGCCUGUGUGAGUUUAAAGUUACUGAGGAUGGAGAAGAAGGACAAUGAAGGUUUUUAUGGAAACACAGACCUUGCCAAUCUCUGCCUUGCUAAAUCAAGUCCAAAGUCCCAGUGUCAGUACAUACAGUUUUACUCUGAGUUUGUUUAUACCUGUUCGCAGUACUUGACAAAAGCUGUAAGGGAAGGAAAACACCAGGCCCCAUUGGUAUUUGGCACUUCAGAAAAAAACAUGUAUAUAAAUAUUUCCAGUUCAGAGGAAAGGUUAGAAGUAUUCCAAAAUGCCAUGGGGGAUGCCUGGAGCCUGUAUGGUCAGGAGGUAAUAUCUGCAUUUGACCUCUCUUGUUUCCAUGUCGUUUGUGAUGUGGGAGGAGGUAGUGAUGCCUUUGCCAAACAAUACAUUUCAUUAUACCCAAAUUCAACUGUGACCAUUUUUGACCUACCUGAAGUGGUGGAAAGAGCAAAGAAACAUUCUGUGUCCUCAGAGGAACACCGGAUAAAUUUCCAGAGUGGGGAUUUUUUAAAUGAUGCAAUUCCUGAAGCUGAUCUGUAUAUUUUGGCUAGAGUUCUCCAUUGCUUGAAUGAUGAGACUUGUUUGGCUCUGCUGACUAAACUAUACAACGCCUGUAAGCCUGGUGGUGGUGUAUUAUUAGUGGAGACAGUUCUCAAUGAAGACAGAAGUGGGCCUUUAGCAGCCCACAUCUACUCCAUACUGGUGAUGCUCGUCUUAGAAGGAAAAGAACGAACCCUAUCCGAGUACAGUACACUCCUUGGUGCAGCUGGAUUCAAGGAUGUUCAGUUCAAGAAAGGACGACAUUUAGAUGCUGUUUAUGGAAGAAAAGAAAACAUCUCUUUUUAAUUUCACUCUUAUUUCACUGUUAAAGCAUUCCUGCAUUAAGCAACAAUUCUUCAUUCUGUGUAUAAUUAUGUGUAGUAGUCACCUCUAGACUUAUGCUGAAUCCACGAAUUUCUCAGGCUUUACUUUGGCCCCUUCUACACAGCUGUUUAAAAUCCAGAUUAUCAGACCAGAUCAUCCACAUUCUCUGCUUUGAAUUGGAUUAUAUGAGUCUACACUGCCAUAUAAUCAAGUUCAGAACAGAUAAUCUGGAUUUAUGUGGCAAUGUGGAAUAGGCCUUAGGCUACUGGGGAAGCUAAGAGUCCUUUCCCUCCUCUCUUCUCUCUUGGCUGAGUUAAAUAUGUGCAAAUUACUCUGAGCUCAUGUUACAGCAAGUGAGGACAAAGCAGGAAUGUAAGAGAUUGAGAGAUUGGGAUAUUUUUAAAGCACCUGAAAAAAUGUGAUGAAAGAGGUGGUUGGGACAGACCUUGCAAAACUGAAAAUGUUGGAAGGCAUGCUGUAGAAAAGUUAAAAACACGCCAUGCUUGAUGUUCCCCUUUUCUCCCUUUAUGAAGGGACAUAUAGAGAAAACACAGUUCACACUCCCUGCUGUUUCAGAACUUAUACCAUUCAAUUCAUUCUAUUCUGGGUAUCUUCCUCUAAAGCUAUUUUAACAUUAAAAAUAAAAAGUACACUGAAUAUUCUUAAAUUUUGUAUUUCAUUUCUGGUAAUAAUAAAGCUUUUGUUUCUCUUGA